AUGGCUCUUCAAAUUCUCAACUUCUUCAUCCUUUUUGCUAUUUUUCUGUUCAUGAUCAUUGCAUUAAAAAUUAAGAAACAUUACAAAAUAUAUGAUUCAAGUACUAAAAAAAUACCCCCAGGGCCAUGGAAGCUACCAAUUAUAGGCAAUAUUCUCAAUCUUGUUACGACAAACCCACCUAGAAAAUUAAGAGACUUAGCCAAAAUAUAUGGACCCUUGAUGCGUCUCCAACUUGGCGAGAUCUUCUUCGUUGUUGUUUCGUCACCCGAAGUUGCUAGGGAGGUCCUGAAAACGCAUGAUAUUACUUUUGCAUCAAGGCCUCAUCUUCUAGCCACAGAAAUAGCAGCUUAUAAUUCAACCGAUAUAGCUUUUUCACCUUACGGUGAUUACUGGAGACAACUCAGAAAGAUUUGUGCUAUUGAGAUUUUGAGCACAAGAAGGGUCAAAACUCUUUGGCCAGUAAGAGAGAAAGAGAUUAACUCUCUCCUAAAAAAUAUUUCUUCAAAUGAAGGAUCAGAAUUCAAUCUUACUCAAGCAAUUAUUUCAAUGAUGUAUACUUUCACUUCAAUGGCUGCGUUUGGUAAGAAGUAUUCAGAACAACAAGAGUUCAUAUCAGUUGUAAAACAACUGAUAAAACUUGCUGGAGGGUUCUAUAUCGGUGACUUGUUUCCAUCAGCCAAGUGGAUUCAAAAUCUCUCUGGAAUGAGACCUAAGCUUGAGAAGUUAAGCCAACAAGUAGACAGGAUAUUAGAAUGUAUCAUCGAUGACCAUAAAGAAACAAGAUCAAGAAGAGAUAAACAAGGUUUGGCUGAAGCAGAUGAAGAUCUGAUCGAUAGUCUUUUGAAAUUUCACGACAAUGACAGUGAUACGGAUUUUCAUUUAACUUCUGAUAAUGUCAAGGCCAUAAUUUUGGAUAUGUUUACUGGUGGAAGUGACACAGCAGCAACUCUCAUUAACUGGACAAUGGCUGAGAUGUUAAAGGAUACUAGAGUUUUGAAGAAAGCACAAGCUGAAGUGAGAGAAGGGAUUAACAGGAGAGGAAAGAUCGAAGAAGCUACGUUCGAAGAAUUCAGCUAUUUAAAAGCAGUAAUCAAAGAGUCACUAAGAUUACACCCUUCUGUUCCUCUUCUUCUUCCAAGGGAGAAUAGAGAAGCUGUUGUGAUUAAUGGUUAUGAAAUACCUGUAAAAAGUAGGGUCAUAGUUAAUGCUUGGGCCAUUGGAAAGGAUCCAAAAUAUUGGACUGAGCCAGAUAAGUUUUAUCCUGAAAGGUUUAUGGAUAGUUUGCUUGAUUACAAAGGAAGUAAUUUUGAGUACAUUCCAUUUGGUGCUGGAAAGAGAAUUUGUCCAGGUAUGAACUAUGGUUUGGCUAAUACUGAGCAGGUUCUUGCACUUUUAUUGUAUCAUUUUGAUUGGAAGCUGCCUAAUGGUAUGAAAAAUGAGGAAUUAGAGAUGACAGAAGAGUUUGGAAUUACUAUGUCAAGAAAAGGGGACCUUCACUUGAUUCCCAUCACUUCUCAUCAGUUGGUUGUAAUAUAA